AUCCUGGCGCUGGCCUCCGAAGCCGCUGCCGCCACUGCCGUCGGGGAAGGUCCCAGCGCUGACAUGACCUCGCGCGGCGCUCGCCCGGGCCCAAGCUCCCGGCGUCCCGCGCAGUAGCCCCGCGAAGAGGCGGACUCGACGGUGCCGACCGCGUAGAAAAUCAGGCGGCCGGCAUGGAGGCGGCGCACCUGCUCCCGGCCGCCGACGUGCUGAACCGCUUCUCGGUGAGGGUCGACAGCGGCCUGAGGCCGGAGCAGGUGUCUGGCGCGCGGGAGCGCUACGGCCCCAACGAGCUCCCAACUGAGGAAGGGAAGUCCCUGUGGGAGCUGGUGCUGGAGCAGUUUGAGGACCUCCUGGUGCGCAUCCUGCUGUUGGCUGCCCUGGUCUCCUUUGUCCUGGCCUGCUUUGAGGAGGGUGAAGAGACAGCAACAGCCUUCGUGGAGCCCCUGGUCAUCAUGCUGAUCCUCGUGGCCAAUGCUGUCGUGGGCGUAUGGCAGGAACGCAAUGCUGAGAGUGCCAUUGAGGCCUUGAAGGAGUAUGAGCCUGAGAUGGGCAAGGUGAUCCGCUCAGACCGCAAAGGUGUGCAGAGGGUCCGUGCCCGGGACAUCGUCCCUGGAGACAUCGUGGAGGUGGCAGUGGGGGACAAAGUACCCGCCGACCUCCGCCUCAUCGAGAUCAAGUCCACCACACUGAGAGUGGACCAGUCCAUCCUGACAGGUGAAUCUGUGUCUGUGACCAAGCACACUGAUGCCAUCCUGGAUCCCAGAGCUGUGAACCAGGACAAGAAGAACAUGCUCUUCUCUGGCACCAAUAUCGCUUCGGGCAAGGCCCUGGGUGUGGCGGUGGCCACAGGCCUGCGCACGGAGCUGGGCAAGAUCCGGAGCCAGAUGGCGGCGGUGGAGCCGGAGCGGACGCCACUGCAGCGCAAGCUGGAUGAGUUCGGGCGGCAGCUGUCCCGAGCCAUCUCUGUGAUCUGUGUGGCCGUGUGGGUCAUCAACAUCAGCCACUUUGCUGACCCAGCCCAUGGCGGCUCCUGGCUCCAUGGCGCUGUCUACUACUUCAAGAUUGCUGUGGCCCUGGCCGUGGCUGCCAUCCCUGAGGGCCUUCCGGCCGUUAUCACUACCUGCCUGGCUCUGGGCACACGGCGCAUGGCACGCAAGAAUGCCAUUGUGCGGAGCCUGCCCUCCGUGGAGACCCUGGGCUGCACCUCAGUCAUCUGCUCCGACAAGACUGGCACACUCACCACCAACCAAAUGUCCGUCUGCCGGAUGUUCGUGGUAGCCGAGGCCGAAGCAGGCUCCUGCCAUCUGCACGAGUUCACCGUCUCAGGCACCACUUAUGCCCCGGAGGGCGAAGUGAGGCAGGCGGAGCAGCUUGUGCACUGUGGGCAGUUCGAUGGGUUGGUGGAGCUGGCGACGAUCUGUGCCCUCUGCAACGACUCGGCGCUGGACUACAACGAGGCUAAGGGCGUGUAUGAGAAAGUAGGAGAGGCCACGGAGACGGCUCUGACUUGCUUGGUGGAGAAGAUGAAUGUGUUUGACACCAACCUACAGGCCCUAUCCCGGGUGGAGCGAGCCAGUGCCUGCAAUGCGGUCAUCAAGCAGCUGAUGCGUAAGGAGUUUACCCUGGAGUUCUCCCGAGACCGGAAGUCCAUGUCAGUGUACUGCACGCCUACUAGCCCUGGCCUGGCAGCCCAGGGCAGCAAGAUGUUUGUGAAGGGGGCUCCUGAGAGUGUGAUCGAGCGCUGCAGCUCAGUCCGAGUGGGAAGCCACACAGUACCCCUGACUGCCACCUGCAGGGAGCAGAUCCUGGCCAAGAUUCGGGAUUGGGGCUCAGGCUCAGACACGUUGCGCUGCCUGGCGCUGGCCACUCGGGAUGCACCCCCAAGGAAGGAGGACAUGCAGCUGGACGACUGCAGCAAGUUUGUGCAGUACGAGAUGGACCUGACUUUUGUGGGCUGCGUGGGCAUGCUGGACCCUCCAAGGCCUGAGGUGGCUGCUUGCAUCGCACGCUGCCACCAGGCCGGCAUCCGUGUGGUCAUGAUCACAGGGGACAACAAAGGAACAGCUGUGGCCAUCUGCCGCCAGCUUGGCAUCUUCAGGGACACAGAGGACGUGGUGGGGAAGGCCUACACAGGUCGCGAAUUCGACGACCUCAGCCCUGAGGAGCAGCGCCAUGCCUGCCGCACAGCAUGCUGUUUCGCCCGUGUGGAACCUGCACACAAGUCCCGAAUCGUAGAGAACCUACAGUCCUUUAAUGAAAUCACCGCCAUGACCGGAGACGGGGUCAAUGAUGCCCCGGCUCUGAAGAAAGCAGAGAUUGGCAUUGCCAUGGGCUCUGGCACAGCUGUGGCCAAGUCAGCAGCCGAGAUGGUGCUGUCAGAUGACAACUUUGCCUCGAUCGUGGCCGCGGUGGAGGAGGGACGUGCCAUCUACAACAACAUGAAGCAGUUCAUCCGCUACCUCAUCUCCUCCAAUGUGGGCGAGGUGGUCUGCAUCUUCCUCACGGCAAUUCUGGGCCUCCCGGAAGCCCUGAUCCCUGUGCAGCUGCUUUGGGUGAACCUGGUGACAGAUGGGCUACCUGCCACAGCCCUGGGCUUUAACCCACCAGACCUGGACAUCAUGGAGAAGCUGCCGAGGAACCCUCAUGAGGCCCUCAUCAGCGGCUGGCUCUUUUUUCGAUAUCUGGCUAUUGGAGUGUACGUGGGCCUGGCCACAGUGGCUGCCGCCACCUGGUGGUUCCUUUAUGAUGCCGAGGGACCUCACGUCACCUUCUACCAACUGAGGAACUUCCUGAAGUGCUCCAAGGACAACCCACUCUUUGCUGACAUCGACUGCGAGGUCUUCGAGUCACGCUUUCCCACAACCAUGGCCUUGUCUGUGCUGGUGACCAUUGAAAUGUGUAAUGCCCUCAACAGUGUCUCAGAGAACCAGUCGCUGCUGCGGAUGCCGCCCUGGCUGAACCCUUGGCUGCUGGCCGCUGUGGCCACGUCCAUGGCCCUGCACUUCCUCAUCCUACUGGUGCCGCCCCUGCCUCUUAUUUUCCAGGUGACCCCACUGAGUGGGCGCCAGUGGGUGGUGGUGCUCCAGAUAUCUCUGCCUGUCAUCCUGCUUGAUGAAGCCCUCAAGUACCUGUCCCGGAACCACAUGGAUGAAGAGAAGGACCAGAAGUGAAUGCUGGGAACAGGGUGGAGUCUCCAGUGUGUACCUCAGACUGAUGAUGCCCAGGCCUUCACCCCGACUCUCCACACCGCCGUCACGCUCAUCGCUUGCUCACUGGGCCCUGCC